AUGAUGGCUGAAACUGCAACUCCUCAAAGGCCAGCAUUGCCUGUCACUCCCUUCACAACUAAAACAAGCUUACCUCCAUUGUCAUCUAUCCUUAAUAAUCCUGGUAUGGAGUCAAGCAAUCGCCCUAAACUCCCAGGGUUACCCUCCUUAGAUACUUAUUCAACUCCACUGACUUCAAAGUAUUAUUCAUAUCCAAUGUCUGGCCCUUUGACUGCCUCUGCUUCCACACAUCCUUAUUUGCCAUUUGCUACCCCUUCUAAAUCUCCAUAUUCUGCAUAUCCUACCUUACCAUCAUUGGGUAUGACUGUUUCUACUCCUAUUGCUGCUUCUGCAGCUAAUCCUAUUGCUGUUACUGCUAUUACCGCACCUGCUCCUGCUAUUGCUGCUACUGCUCCUGUUGUGCCUCCUCCAUCCAGUGUUGAAGCUGUGACUACUAGUGUUACUGUGACUGCUGCUGCUGCUGCUGCUGCUCCCCUUUCAAGUGUGUCACCAACACUUCUGGCUGCAGCAAGCUCUCAAACCUCUACCCCCUCAGCCUCUCCUACUCUCAAGGUACAAUCCGCCACAAUUGCAUCAAGACAAACCACUACAUCAUCCAAUUCAUCUGAAUCCUCGAAGAAGGGAAGAAAGAGAACCUCAGAUAAAUCAUAUGCAUUCAUUUCCCAUUCCCCAGCUACAUUUCCAUCACAGGAACCAUCGAUUGAUAACGUACCAUUGGCUCGUAGGAAAAGAAGAAGAACUUCUCCUAACGAAUUGUCCAUUCUUAAUUCUGAGUUCGAAUUGGGUUCUACACCAAACAAAUCCCGUAGACUCGAGAUUGCCUCAAGAGUAACAAUGAGUGAAAAGGCUGUUCAAAUCUGGUUCCAAAACAAACGUCAAUCUUUGCGUAAAGCCAGUAGUAAUGAAAAAGAAGUUACUGAAUUGCCUCCUACUCCGCCAAUCUCAAUGCUUUUGCAAUCUGGUCCCAUUUCUCCAUCGACCUCAAUGCCAUGUUCAGCUUCUGGUAUAACUUCUCACCCAGUUGAGAAUUCAUUAUCUAGAUCUCACUCUAUACCGCAUAUGAGUUUUGGUGUCCCCAUCUACCGUCAAUUCAAUCAUUCUUCACCAAAUAUUGCAUUAAGUGAGGCCACUCCUAACGUACCAAGUGCCGUCAACUCUUCAUUUGAUAGUUCUUACGAUAACACAUUCCAUGACAAAGAGAAUUUACCCAAAUUAAACGUCAAGUCAAUCUUGGGUGAUGAAAGCUUCGCAUCAGAAUCAAAAACUUCCUUGCAAAAAAGUCCUAUUAAGUUAGCUCCAGUGAGAAAGCCAUUAGGUGAUAUUACCACUAAUUCUACAAAUGGUAAGCCUAAGAAGGAAUCAGAAUGUAUUCAAAAUUUGCUUUCCUUGAGAGCCGGAACUUGGAAAUAA